GGGAGCCUCCCUCGUCCCUGCUCACCAAAAGUAUAUUUGUUAUAUGACCAAAAGUCUUGGUUCACUGCAUUGAUACCUUUGGUAUCUGGCAUAGAAAUAAUUAUGUAUUAUUUCUAUGGUAUUUGGUAAUUCUUGCGGUAAAGUUUGGUACUUUUUUUUUCUGUCCGCUGGCAACACUGUGGCAUCAGCUGUUUGUUUUUGUACCUUCAUUUGCAAUCUAUACAUAGGAACAAAAAAGUGAGGUGGACAUUAUAAUUUUGUUUGCAUUCGUGCGGUUUAACUCUGAUAAACAAUUAAAAGUAAAAAAGAUUAUUGACAUGGAUUACUCUCAGAAUCACUAUACUGUGGAGGAAAAGUUUGAUAUGAUUUUUUGGGUAAUACGGGGAAAUUCUUUUAGGGAAACAAGAGAUCUUUUCUCUGUAAAAUACCCGGAUCGCCCAAUUCCUUGUGUCAAAACUAUUUCCUCCACUUAUACAAAAUUAAAAGUAAAAGGCUGCCUUUUACCAUGCAAAUGCCAUAACGUUCCCAAGAUUAAUGAUGAGGCUGAAAUGCAGGAAAUAAUGAUUUGUGCAAUGGCACAAGAGGAUUCCACUAUUACGAUUGCCAAACUUUCUGAAAACUCUGGAUUUAGUGUGGGCAAAGUCCAUAAAAUAAUAAAACAAAAUAAACUUAAAUCCUACAAAAACCAGGUUGAUCAGAAAGACAAUGUGGGCAAAGUAAAAAUCCAACCCGUCAAAAAAAACAAAUCUGAAUAUGAAAAAUUAAAUAAGAAACAAAAGAUGCACCUAAAAAAAGUUAUUGGUAAAUUUUUUAUAAAUCAUCAAAUACCAAAUUCGACUGAAAUUUAUCAAGCUGUUAAGAAUGAUAUAAACUUACCACCAAUUUCUCAAACAAAUUUUGGGGAAAUUCUAAAAAAACUUGGCUUUGAGUGUGAUAAAAAAGAGUUGCCAUGCACAAUAGAGCAAAUAGUUAUUAAAAAGGAACCUAUUGAACCAGUUGUAAUUCCAAUGAAUUACAAUGAACCAAGACCAUCCUCUGCUGACCAAGAAAUGCCUUCAACCUCUGGUACAGCAAUAAAACAAGAAACCGAAGAAGCAUUGGAUGAUAACGACAAUUCGAUGGACGAUUUUGAUGGAGCCGAACAAGUUGAAAUGAAAUUUGAAGCCGAAGAAGAAAUGUUUCUUGACGAAGAAGGACAUUUAAGUUUUAAGUAAAGAAAUAGUGGAAAAAAAGUCAUGCCAAGAGCAGAAAAAGAUUAAGCAACAAGCCAAGUUUGUUGUUGUAGCAACAUAAGACACAUCACUCCUUCAAGUUAAAAGCUAUGAGAACGAUCGGGUUUAAUUGAAAAAGCCCACAUGCCCUCACAACUAAAAUACAUCUACCAGUCGGAAUUGAAAGUAAACAAUUUGCCAGACCCUGAAUCAGGGCCCCUGAUUCUGAAGACUGAUGUUAGCAUAAUUCUCAAUAAUUAACUUUUUUUAUAUCAUUAAAUAUUUUAGGUAUAAAUUUACAUGUUAAAAGUAAUAUUAUUUUUUUAAAUUUUAACUUCCAUGUGUGGAUAUAAAUAUUUGUAUUGAACUAUGUAUUAUAAAUAAAACUUUUUUAUUUUUUUUU